UUCAACCUUUGAAGCUCAGUUUCUCUUCUCUAUAUCCUGCCUACAUUUUUAAUCUCACCUUAAUUGGUUGGUUAUGGAAACAUUCUAUCAACCAACCAACAAUGGUGAAGCUUCCAAUAGGGAGACUGAAGAUAUAUAUGCCAAGAUGGAUUGGGACAAACUUGGAUUUGAUGUGAUUCCAACUGAUUAUAUGUACAUUAUGAAAUCCAAUGAACAAGAUGGGACUUUUUCAAAUGGAGCUCUUGUGCCAUUUGGAACCAUUGAUAUCAAUCCACAUUCUGCUGUUUUAAAUUAUGGACAGGGGUUAUUUGAGGGCAUGAAGGCAUACAGAACAACAGACGGCGAAGUGCAGAUAUUCCGACCGGAAGAAAAUGCAUUGCGAAUGCGGAUGGGAGCAGAGAGGCUGCUAAUGCCAUCACCUUCUGUUGAGCAGUACGUUGAAGCUGUAAAACAAGUUGUUCGUGCAAAUAAACGUUGGGUACCUCCUCAUGGAAAGGGAGCAUUGUACCUUAGGCCUUUACUAUUUGGUAGUGGAUCUGUUAUGGGUAUUUCACCAGCACCUCAAUGCACCUUCUUAAUAUACACCAAUCCAAUUAGCAACAUUUACAAGGGACGAACAGAAUCAUUGAGUUUGUUGAUUGAUAAUAAACUUCCUCGUGCAUAUCCUGGUGGAACUGGUGGAGUGAAAAAUAUAGGCAAUUAUGCACCUGUUUUCCAAGUUGUAAAAGAAGCAAAAGCCAAAGGAUUUUCUGAUGUCCUCUUCCUAGAUGCAGUGGAACAUAAAUACAUUGAAGAAGUAUCUUCAUGUAAUGCUUUCAUUGUGAAGGGUAAGGUGAUUUCAACUUCACCAACACUUGGAACUAUUCUUCCUGGAAUCACAAGGAAAACUAUCAUUGAACUUGCUAGUGAUUUGGGUUACCAGGUCAAGGAACACAAGAUAUCGGUAAAAGAACUACUUCGAGCUAACGAGGUUUUUUGUACCGGAACCGCUGUUGGGAUCUCUGAUGUUGGUAGUGUAACAUACAAGAAUAAAUGUAUUAAAUUCAAAACAGGGCCAGACACUGUGACUCAGAAGCUGUAUGAUUUGAUUACCGGCAUCCAUACAGGUCUUUUGGAGGAUAAAAAAGGAUGGAUAGUCAAGAUUGAUUGA